ACCCCCUAUUUAUAAAUAACACAUUAUAUAAUAUAGAUCCAGUGGGGUCCAAAAGUCUGAAACAUGUCAGCCGAAAGGUGUGCACCCCCUACCUAACAUGUCAACACAUCAUGGAUUAUAUGGUUCUGCACAAACCUCUUCUUAAACAAGUGCAUGCUGUCAUUAAAGCAAAAAGGGGAAAUAUCAGAUGCUAAGCAAUUCUUAAUAUUUUAAUUUGAAAGAAAUGUUUCAAUUCAACUUUUAACACAAAUUGCUGUGCUUAUUAUAUAAUUUGUACUUAAAAUCUUAAAUAAAUUGGAAGGAUGUAAAAUGAAAGCAUUUUCACUAGUGGUCUCAGACUGAAACGGCAAGGCUUGUGGUGUGAUCCCAGUCAGCAGUGGUGAGUGACUACUGACAGUGGUCCGAGGAGGGGCAAACCAUAAACCGGCGACAGGCUGUUAGGCACCCAAGGCUCAUCGAUGCUCGAGGGCAACAAAGGCUACCCCGUCUGGUCCAAACCGACAGAAGGUCUACUGUGGCACAAGUCACAGAAAAUGUUAAUGAUGGUUACUGGAGGAAUGUGUCAGAACACACAGUGCAUUGCACCCUGCUAUAUAUGGGGCUGCGUAGGUGCAGACCGGUCAGAGUGCCCAUGAUGACCCCUGUCCACCACCGAAAGCUCCUACAAUGGGCACAUAAGCGUCAGAACUAGACCUUGGAGCAGUGGAAGAAGGUUGCCUGGUCCGAUGAGUCCCGUUUUCUUUUACAUAACAUUAGUCAUUAAUCAUAAAGUUCAUAAAAAAUCUUCUUUUUUUUUAAGCACUGGACCUUAACGCUUACUUAAUUUACAAAUUUUAAACCAUGACUUGCACUGCACACAAAUAACUAAUAUUGGCAUUAUAUUCAUGUUGUUUAUCCAGAGGGGAACUGGUUUCUCCCAAGGUUAUUUUUCCCCAUCUUAUGGAGUUUUGUGUUUCUUGCCACAGUCGCCUUCAGCUUGCUCACAGGUGUUCUAAAUACAAUUAUUAUUUAAUUAUUUAAUUUUUAUACACAAUUUACAAUCAUAUUUAAUCAAACUACACAAUGAUCACUCUAAGACUUUAUAGAUAUAGUAUAUAGUAUAUAGAUAUAUAUAGUUUUAUUUUCUGUUAAAUCAUUAUUUCCUGUAAAGCUGCUUUGAAACGAUGUGUGUUGUGAAAAGCGCUAUACAAAUAAAAAUGACUUGACGUCCGUGUACGUGUGCGUACGUGUGCGCCGUUUAUCUGUGGAAGUGAUAGCACCAGGAUGCAAUGUGGAAGAUGACAAGCCGGUGGAGGGAGUGUGAUGCUCUGGGCAAUGUUCUGCUGGGAAACCCUGGGUCUGGCCAUUCAUGUGGACGUCAAUUAGACCCGUGCCACCUACCUAAACAUUGUUGCAGACCAGGUACACCCCUUCAUGGCAAUGGUAUUCCCUGAUGGCAGUGGCCUCUUUCAGCAGGAUAAUUCGCCCCACCACACUGCACACAUUGAUCAGGAAUGGUUUGAGGAACAUGAUGAAGAGUUCAAGGUGUUGCCCUGGCCUCCAAAUUCCCCAGAUCUCAAUCCGAUUGAGCAUAUGUGGGAUGUGCUGGACCAACAAGUCCAAUCCAUGGAGGCCCCACCUCACAAAUUACAGGACCUGAAGGAUCUGCUGCUAAUGUCUUGGUGCCAGAUACCACAGGACACAUUCAGGGGUCUUGUAGAGUCCAUGCCUCGUCGGGUCGGCACUGUUUUGGCGGCACACGGAGGACCAAUAGCAUAUUACACAGGUGGUCAUAAUGUUUUGGCUCAUCAGUGUAUACAGACUCGAGGGCCUUUCUAUGCUUUUUCUAAUGUUUACAUCAGUGAAAAUAACUUUGAGUUUUGUUCUUUUGUUGAUAAGAUUGUUGUUGUAAGCCUGGUCAUCUUGGAUGCCAUUUUCGUCCUGUGUGAACUUCUUAUUGACUUGUCUAUCAUUGAAGCAGAUCAUCACAGAAUUGCCCCGCAGGUAUUCCACUAUCUCAGCCUCGCCCUUCUCACAUUCUUCAUGGUGGAGCUGUCUGGAAAAAUCUAUGCCUACCGCCUGGAGUUCUUCCGGCAUAAGUUUGAGGUGUUUGAUGGGAUUGUGGUGGUGGUGUCCUUCAUUCUGGAUAUUGUUUAUAUCUCAAAGGAAGAUGCAUUUGAUGCCAUGGGGCUGCUGAUCUUGCUCAGGCUGUGGAGAGUGGCCAGAAUUAUAAAUGGUAUCAUAGUGUCGGUGAAAAAUCGUGCCCAUCACAAAGUUCAGAAGGUGAAGGAGAUCAAUGAAAAGCUUUUUCAUGAAGUCAAUGGACUUAAAGAGCGAAACACCAAAAUUGACCAAGAAAACGCCAGACUUCAGGCACUUUUAAAACAGCACAGCAUUGAUUACUGACUUCAGGGGUCAAGCAGAACGCUCAUUAAAUCACAUUUGUUGCCAAUUUGAGACUGUGCUUAAGACGAAUCAAGUCUAUUAAUUCCAUAUGAAAUGUAAGGAAAUGCAUGUUUUGAAAAGUGCAUUGGGUAUAAGUUGUCACUCAAAAGCUGAACUGAUCUAGGUUUGCCUUCCACUUCUAGGUCUUUAAUUGCACUCAUAAGGGUAGAUGGAUAUUUAGGCCAGUAACUCAUGUUGAUUUAUGUACAGCUAAGAGGUCAAAGAUAAUAUGCAAAGGGAAAUCUAUAAACAGUAUAUGUACUAUAAUUUUAAUCUUAUUUUAGGAUAUAACAUGAUAAAUAUUUAUUCUAAAUCAUUGUGAUCAGACAUCUUCAUCAGUAUUACUGUUUUAUAUGAACUGCAACUUUCUCUUAACAAUUUCCUAUUCUGAAUGUGAAUAUGUGAACAAAUAAAAGCUAAGUAUUAAACACCA